UUCUUUCUCUAUCGGUCCAUUCGUCCGCAGGCAUUGAGAAGUGGAGCACCUACCUCAAGCCAACAUGCCGAAAACGAAGCCAAGUGCAGCGAAGGAUUUUAUAUCCGGAGGUGUUGGGGGUGUUUGCACCGUGGUUGCUGGUCAUCCUCUUGACACAAUCAAGGUGCGCCUCCAGACCAUGCCGGUACCCAAGCCUGGGGAAGCCCCUCUCUUCAAGGGCACCUUUGACUGUGCCAUGAAGACUGUCAGGAAAGAGGGCUUUUUCGGCUUGUACAAAGGCAUGGCCGCCCCCAUCACCGGUGUGGCUCCUAUCUUUGCCAUUUGUUUCCUGGGCUUUGGCAUCGGCAAGAGGUUGCAGCAGAAACAUCCUGACGAGGAGCUCAGUUACCCCCAACUGUUCAAGGCAGGCAUGUUGGCCGGUGUGUUCACCACUGUGAUCAUGGCGCCCGGGGAGAGGAUCAAGUGUCUCCUGCAGAUCCAGCAGGAGGCUAGCGUGGCUGACCGCAAGUACAAAGGCCCUGUGGACUGCGCCAAGAAGAUCUACCGCGAGGGUGGCAUCCGCAGCGUGUACCGCGGGACAUUUGCCACCCUGCUGAGAGACGUGCCUGCCACCGGCAUGUACUUCACCAGCUACGAGUGGCUGCAGCGUGUGCUCACGCCAGCUGGCGGAGACCGCUCCGACAUGAGCAUUGGGCGGACCAUUGUGGCUGGGGGUGUGGCUGGAAUCUUCAACUGGGCAGUGGCCAUUCCUCCAGAUGUGCUCAAGUCUAGGCUGCAGACCGCCCCACAUGGUGCUUUCCCUAACGGAAUCCGCGAUGUUGCCAAGGUGAUCCUCAGAGAGGAAGGCAUCAUGAGCCUGUACAAGGGCUUCACUCCCAUCAUGCUGAGAGCUUUCCCUGCAAAUGCUGCAUGUUUCUUGGGCUACGAAGUGACCCUGAAGUUCCUCAACUAUGCUGUGCCGUCUCUAUAAGGGAAGUGCUCCUUAGGAUGAAUCAACGCGGCGGUGACGUGCUGAGAGGCGAGACUGGCGAGAGUGUUGUGGGUUUUUUCUAUUUUUUCAGUUUGGUACACAUUCCUCUUUUUGUCUUGAAAUUAAAAGUUAUAGAUUUGCUAAUAUCAUUUACUUACUUUGGCAGUGUUUAUGUGUAUCUUACUCGGGAUGUGCUGGAAAUAUCAAGGUUAUUGUUCAUGUUUCUCUAGCAGAAUUUCAUGCAUGCUAAUCUUUAAUGUAAAAGUUACUACAUAUUUUACUUGAUGGUAUUUUGUUUCGGUUGAUACACUGGACUCAAGAUCUUAACAGUUUUCAUUAUUUAUGGUCGAAAUUGUCUCUUUAAAUUGUUAAAAACUUUGUCAAUUUCACAAACUUCCCAGCGGAAUUGUCCGAUCACAUAGGAGAGAAAAUCGUACUAUUUGGGUUUUUUGCACGAUGUCUUUCGAACGUAAUUCAGAGAAAGGUCAUUUUCAUGUGUUUUGACGAAAAGUUUUGAGGGUUUUUGUACAUGCACAGGGUGACGUUUGAAAGCAAAUCAUGCAUUUUUAUACGUAUGAAAUGGAUUCAGUGAAUCUAGUAAACCUUCAAACUAGUGAAUGAAUGUCUGAAUGACUUACAUGAUUAUACCAUAACCAGUGUAAUACUAAUACUUUUGUUAUGAAAUGCUGGCAUUUUUCAUGAAAUCAUUUCUUAAUUAGAAAGCUCUGGAAAGACCUUAAAUUUACUGAAAGUUGCUUUGUUGAGUUCUGUUUUCUGUGGAAUGUUUUGAAUGUCACACUGGAUGGAAGAGGCUCAUGACUGAUAUACUUGACGAGGAAGCUGUUGGAUGUCGGUGCGGGCCUCGUUGCUUUACUCAGUUAUCUGUUUAUUCGUCAUCGAAGUUCUUUGUACAGUUGUCUUAUGGUCAUUCUUUUGUAAAGGUAUAUCUGUGAAACUGCGUUUGAACACGUGAACAUCUCUCCAUAUAUCUCAUCAGAUAUUCUCUUUUCCAGAUAUCUGCAGGGGAGGACUUUAUUGUUUUGAGUGACUUUGUUGUGUUUGUUUGGGUGAGGAGAAUGGUGGUGAAUUUUGUGUCUUAUGUCUGUAGAAGAGGGAAAUUGUUCAGUCACUUUCUAUGUCUGUAGAAGAGGGAAAUUGUUCAGACACUUUCUAUGUCUGUAGAAGAGGGAAAAUGUUCAGACACUUUCUAUGUCUGUAGAAGAGGGAAAAUGUUCAGACGUUUUCUAUGUCUGUAGAAGAGGGAAAAUGUUCAGACACUUUCUAUGUCUGUAGAAAAGGGAAAAUGUUCAGACAUUUUCUAUGUCUGUAGAAGAGGGAAAAUGUUUAGUCACUUUCUAUGUCUGUAGAAGAGGGAAAAUGUUCAGACAUUUUCUAUGUCUGUAGAAGAGGGAAAAUGUUCAGACACUUUCUAUGUCUGUAGAAGAGGGAAAUUGUUCUGUCACUUUCUAUGUCUGUAGAAGAGGGAAAUUGUUCAGUCACUUUCUAUGUCUGUAGAAGAGGGAAAUUGUUCAGACACUUUCUAUGUCUGUAGAAGAGGGAAAUUGUUCAGUCACUUUAUACGUUCUGCCUACUUUGAAUAGGAAUGGUCUUGGGUGGUGCCCUAUGAGGAAAACUCUGUAAGAUCACGCGUCUUAAAUCUCUUCUUAGUCGAUUUAGGACUUGCCAGUCCUGUUUUUUUGUAAUGGUGCAUCAAUAUUUUUUUUACAUUUCUGUUUUACCUCUUCUUUUGUCAUAUAUAUAUAUGCUAUGUUUAAAUACAUCUCAUUUUUUUUGGUAUGCUGUAUCAUCUGGUAUUAUGGAUGAACUGAAUGUCAAGAAAGAGUUGAAGGCAUUGUGAAAGGAAAAACUCUUCACCCCAGCAGUUAUAUCCUUUGUCGUAGAUCAGAAAGGAGAGAAACAUUUUUUAAACAGUGGUUCUUUCAUGGUUGCAUCUAUGAAAGGCUAACUACUAACCAAACCAUAUAGACUAUAUCGGUCAAAGUUUGAAUACCUUGUUUUGAGUUCUUUCGUUUUUGUAGCUUUGUUUCUUUACUUAGAAUUGAAUAACUGGAUGUAUAUUAUUAUACCAGACAAUGAAGCUAGCUUAUAUUAGCAUUGACUUCAUUGCUUUGCUCAGUAUCCGUGUAUUAUUAUUAUUAUUAGUUAUUGUAGUUUUUUUGUACAGUUGUUUUAUGGUAAUUUUUUUGUACAAGUAUAUCAGUAUCAGUAAAUCUAUGUUCGAAAAUGUGAAAAUUUCUAUUACCUCAGCAGUUAUUCUCUUUUGAAGAUAUUAGUGGGGGGGGGGGGGAUGUUUUUAAAAAAGAGUAGAAAUCAUGUGUGUCUAUGGGUUAGGAGAGCUGUUGUGAAUUUAUCACAGAGCUUCUUGUGGUGUGAUGUGAACAAGGAAUCUGAUCUGGUACUGUGUUGUUGUAGUUGUAAUCAAUAGUUGUCCCAGCUAGUUUUGGGUGUUUUGGUUUUGUCUUCACGGCUGACUGCAACUUCUGAAGAUUUAAUUUCAGUCUGUAAUUUUCAUUCUCGUCUAAUUUUUUUAGUCUAAAUGGUUUUAGUGCUUUCUGAUGCGGCUGUGGUUUUUGUUUUUGUUGAUGUUAACCAUGUUUUUGUUGAACGCUUUCUUACACUUACUGUGACUUGUCCACCAAUUAGUUCCCGGUACAGUUUGUACUACAUGUAGUUCUAGUUCUAGGACCACAGGGUAACAAUCAAAAGAAGUAGGAGUGUUUAAUUGUCAUGGCCUUUCCAUCACACUUUUUUAAUGAUUUCCCCUCAUUCUGUAUUUCAAGCUGUGUAACGAGAGCUUGUAGAUCCCAAAACUGUCAUUUGACCAAGUGGAAUAACAAAUGCAGAGUCAGCUGAAAGUACCCAUGGACACUUGCUUACAAAUUAUAUUUAUUCGGAAGGCGAAAUUUCCUCCAAAUAGAUCACCCCACUUCCUGAUGUGAUGGGAUUUGUUGAUUGGAAGCAUAUUAUAUAUAUAUAAAUAAUAUUUUCAUGUUCUUGUACUUGUUUCUCUAGUACAUUUUUUGCUUCUUCGAGUUGACUCGACCUUUACUUUACUGUAGCUGUCCUGGGCUGUUUGUCCAUCUAUUUCAUUGUCUAUGAUUUGGUUAGGUAGGAACCGACUUUACUUUGAUUUUGAUAAUAAUUGAUGUGCUUUUGAUGGUGGAUUAUGAUUUGUUUGGAAGGAUGAAAGUGAUCUUGUUUCAAACGAUUUGGAGGUGUCAUUAUCACAUGUUUUCUCUCUUGUGGGAGUACAUUUUCUAAUACACAUCAUACUACUGUACUAACA